GCCGUGAACGCAGCGUCACAUUUCAGAGCAGGAACUCAGAGGUCAGCUGGUCGCAGCAGAGGCGCUGCUGCAGCUUCUUUAUUUCACUUUAUUUCUAUUUUCUUUCACUCAGAAACAGACUGAGAUGUUUUCAGCAGCGAGCCACGGCCCGUGACCUCUCCCCUCGGGCCGUGUAAGUGUCCGCCGUCUGUCGGACGGUGGGUUCGGCCCCGCAGCGGACCGAGCCCGGACAGGUGUGAUGGCGGUGGACUCGUGGCUUUAGCGGCACCAUGCAGCAGAAAGGAGCCAUCCAGAUCAUCGAGUGGGAGGACCUGGACAAGAGGAAGUUCUACUCGCUGGGCGUGUUCAUGACCCUGACCACGCGGGCCACCGUCUACCCCGCCAGCCUCAUCCGCACGCGGCUGCAGGUGCAGAAGGGGAAGGCGCUCUACUCCGGCACCCUGGACGCCUUCUGUAAGAUCCUGCGUGCGGAGGGCGUGCGCGGCCUCUACCGCGGCUUCAUGGUCAACACCUUCACGCUGAUCUCGGGUCAGGCCUACAUCACCACCUACGAGCUGGUGCGCCGCCAGGUGGCCCAGUACUCGCCCAGCAACACGGUGAAGUCGGUGGUGGCGGGGGGAGCCGCCUCGCUGGUGGCGCAGACCAUCACGGUGCCCAUCGACAUAGUGUCGCAGCACCUGAUGAUGCAGGGCCAGGGCGAGCACCUGACGCGCUUCAAGGCCAAACCCAAGAUGAUGCUCGCCACCACCAAGCGCCGGCUCACCUUCGGACAGACGCGCGACAUCACCGUGCAGAUAUUCGCAGCUGACGGUUUCAGGGGGUUCUACCGAGGCUACGUGGCCUCGCUGCUCACCUACAUCCCCAACAGCGCCCUCUGGUGGCCGUUCUACCACUUCUACGCAGAGCAGCUGUCCCUGAUGGCGCCCAGCGAGGUCCCUCACCUGCUCCUGCAGGCGGUGGCGGGACCGAUGGCAGCAGCCACCGCCUCCAGCAUCACCAACCCCAUGGACGUGGUGCGGGCCAGAGUCCAGGUGGAGGGCCGGUCCUCCGUGGUGGAGACGUUCCGUCAGCUGCUGGCGGAGGAGGGCGUCCGAGCGAUGACGAAGGGUUUGUCGGCUCGGAUCGUCUCGUCCACGCCGACGUCGCUGGUCAUCGUCGUGGGAUACGAGACUCUGAAGAGACUCAGCCUGAGAGCCGAGCUGGUCGAGUCCAGACACUGGUGAGACCCGCAGGAACCCGCAGGAACCCGGAGGAACCGUAUUCCACCUCCACCAAAACGGGAACCAGUCUGUCUGUCGGACACUUUCUGCUGUUAAACUGAAGGAAAACUUCCUCUGGAGAGAAACAGAACAAACGUUCUAAACUGUGACUAAAUGAAGUUUAACAGCAGCAGAAACCUCCCGUCUGCUUCACCGACGCCUCCUGAACUUUAUGAUUAUUCAACAAUGUAUUUUUAUUGCUGGUUGUUACGUUCAGGGUUUUUUACUGUGAAUACUUCACGCUCUAAAGGAUUCAUUUCACCUUCAAGUGUUUUUUAUCGUGCCUUCAAGAAUAAAAGAAGAGACAGUAAAUCUUUCAUGGAAUGAGUUAAAUUGGGGCUGUAAGCAUUAUAUAUAUAUAUAUAUAUAUAUAUAUAUAUACAUACACUCAUGGAAAAAAUGAUUAGACCACCUUGUUUUCUUGAAUUUCUUGUUCAUUUUGAUGGCCGGCACAACUAAAGGUUAAUUUGUUUGGAUAAAUAUAAUGAUAACAAAAAAAUUAAGAGCUGAUAUCUAGACAUUUUACAUGGUUUUAUUCAUGAUUUUGGUUAUUAUCAGAAAUGAUUUCAUGACUGUAGAUGUAAAAAAUGACUAAAAAAAGACACAAAAUGACCAAAAAUAGAUGCAAUAAUGACACAUAAUUACCGAAAUAGAAACAAAUUGACCAAAAAUAGAUGUCAAAUGAUAAAAAGACACAAAAACAACAAAAAUAACUGAUUUUUUAAUUUAGAGCUGAUAUCUAGACAUUUUCCAUGGUUUUCUUGAUAACCAAAAUCAUUAUCAAUUGUCUUUUUUGUUCAUUUUGUGUCUUUUUAUUGGUGAUUUUACGUCUUCUUCAAUGCAUUUUAAUGUCUGGAACAACUAAAGGUAAAUUUUUUGGACAAAUAUAAUAAAAAUAGCUCAUAAGAGUUUAAUUUAAGAGCUGAUAUCUAGACAUUUAACAUGGUUUUAUUCAUAAUAAUUUUGGUUAUUAUCAAGAAAACCAUCUAAUUAAUUUUUUCAUGACUAUAUACAUAUAUUUACUUCACUUCAUGGUUCACUUGUUAUUGGGAUUAUUGAUCUACAGAAGGUAAUUUAUUCCUUUAAUAACAAAGUUAAAUUGUUUGAACCAACCGCUGAUGUCUGUUUUCAUUUCAGUGACGAGAAAAAAUAAAAACGUACAGGCGACGGAUUUAAUUUAAACUGUGAUGUUAAACUGUACAGAUUGAAUCUUUAGUGUAGAAGUGAAACCUGAAAUAUUCCAAAAGAAUAUUUAAUAAAAAGAGAAAUGUCCUGAUGUGUUUGUGAUGCAGAAGAACAUACGUUAUUAUGAUUUAAUUUACUUUUUAAAUACAGUUCAAUGAGAUAAUUUACACUGUAAAAAAAGAAGUUAUUUUACUGCUUUCUUGUUUAUUCUACAUUAAGUGCAAAUGCAAUAAAAAAGUUUUUUUUCAUGACUUCUGCAGAUUUAAUAAAUAAUAAACUUAAGUCUUCAGUGCCACGAUGUAUUCACAGAAACCUGCCGAGUGUUUGAGAAUAAAGAGUCUGAAUCACUGCAA